CUGCAGUAUUAAUAUAUUUUGUGCGUAAUCACAAUGUUUAUAUUUCCUAAAAAUGGCAGGGUUUUAUGAACCGGAUUGUGGAACAGCAUAUUAUCGAUCCAAUGAUCCGAUAAAAAAUCUUAAGUUAAAGGUUACAAUAAAAAGAGUAUCUGCUUCAUUUGCUGAUGAGAAUGUACAGCCAUCAUCGUCAACUGAAUCAGCUGGAGUUGAGUUAGCAACUCUUACAAAACAAAAGAAAAAGAAAAAAUCUCAUGAGUAUGAAGAGUGCAUUGUUGGUUGGCAACAGAAAAUAUUUUGCCAGAGAGAAAUAGAGUUCUACAGUAACAAAGAUAACUGUCAUAAUGUUUUGGAUCUCAAAUAUCACCAAGAAGUUACAACCUUGUUAAAGAAACAGCAUCAGAAAAACAUAAUAUUUACUUAUGUUGACCAUGAUCCAUUUUCACAUCUACAAGAGGGAACAUUUAGCAUGACCAACAUGAUGGAGAAACCCAGUCCUCUUGCUAAAAAAAUGGCCCAGGUUCGUUGCAGAAGAAUCGGAGGAAGGCAUUUACGAGAAAAAGAGCAAGGAAGUAUUCCAAAGACUCUAAUAGUUGAUGAACGUCCUUCAGAAGAGGCAAAGCUCAGGAACCACUUGGAGGCACCUCCCAUUCAGGUCAUGUACAUCAUGGCGGAUCUCAGUCCCUCAAAUAAAACACCUGAUGAAACAGACGAGUAUGUUUUAUGUGCAAUCAAAAUAGAUGCCAAUGGUGUCCUAUGUGUUAGGCCAGAUUUCACAGGGGGACGGCGUCCAUACAGCAUUGAGACCUUUAUGACCCGAGAGGGUUUUGAUUACACAAUAGAGAAUAUAUCCAAAGACAUGAGUCGACAGGAUCAAGAAAAAGAACUGCGAAUGUAUAGGGAGAUGUACACUAGGCACAAUGAUUUUGUCCAGUCUUGUGUAGGCUAUGAGUUUGAACUGCCUGAAGUAGAUACAUUGAGAUAUGUUGUGUAUGGAGAAAUCUUAUCAGCCCAGGACUUUGAAAAGGACAAUCUUUAUGUACAUAUGUUUACUGAUCUUCCAAAAGACUGGACUGCAGACAGAACACAGCAAUUGUCUUGGGUCACACAGACCUGUGCAACUAAAUCUGUUGAUCAGACAGAAAUAGCCUACUUCAGUUAUCCCUUUCAUUUAGAAUUAAGUUAUAAAAGGAACCCAUUGGCCGCACAGGGAACCAAUGAACUCCCACAAUUCCCUAGAUUAAUGGUAGAAGUGUCUGCCACUGAUUCUUGGUCUCGACACUUUAAUGAAGGCUACAGUUACCUACAGCUACCAUCUAAACCAGGGGUUCACAUAGGAAAAGCUCACUGUUGGCGGCCUGUUGGAAAUACUGUUAUUGACAAUCUUCGAAGGUUUUUCAUUGGAGGAACACCUGAAGUUGAGGAUCCAACUUACGCAGCUAUCCCAUCAACAUUUGAUGGCACUUACCUUAGUAAGUUUGGCUUCAGGACUCAGUCAACAGGAACAGUGACUGUUCGCUUCAAUGUAAUGAUGCAGUCAAGGGCUUUCAUGGAGAGCAAGGCAAACAAAAAAUCUCUUGGUUCACUUCUAGAGACAUUGGGAAUUACUGCUAUGCAAGCAAAUAUUACCAGUGUCUUAGAGGCAUUCAAGAGAGCUAGGAUGAAAAUGGUGCAAGCUCGUGAAGCAGCCACACAAGAGCUACUCAGAGAAGUCAGACCAGUAUACAAAGAAGAGCUAGAAGAUUAACAACUCUUCAUGAUUCACCAUCUCCGUCCAUUGAUGUGAAUGUCUGUCCAUUGGUUCAUUCUGUCUCUCCAUUUUACAUUUGUUUAAAUUUAACUUUAAACAUACAGCACUCAUUUCAAAAUGCUUAUUUGAACAGAAUAUAAGAGAUUUGUAUAUAAAAUGAAAAGUUUAUCAUUCAAAUUUUAAAUAAAUAAAACAACAAAGUACACAAAAAAAAUACAGACGUUACUUAAAAAGAGACUUGCCUUGUUCCCUAUGUAUUCACAAAAUGCUAACGAUCUGAUUUCAAGCUAUUCAUGCAUAGAAAAGUUGUAUAAUUGAGGUGAAACCUCCCCUUAAAACAAAACAAAAUGUUUAUCAUUACUAGACAAGCAUCAGUAAGUCAAAAGUUUUUUUCUUUGAAUUGAUUUUGCUUAGUUCAUGCUAGCAUGCGCUUUGGUCCUCUCUUUUUUGGUGAUCUGAGGGGUAUCCGGGAGAGGGUGUCUGUGCUGACUUUGGGGGCUGAGUCAGAAUUCAAACUCGAACCCCUUGAUAGGUAACCAAGUAGUUUAUGCUCCUAUGACACAUAUCCCUUUUGUCCACAGCUUUUUACUUUGAAUGACAGCUUCUAUUUAGAAUCUUAUAAAUGAAGUUUUAGUAAAGGCAUACAAUUUAGAAAAUAUUUGUACUUAUCUGUUAGUCAUAGCCCUGAGUAUGUUACUUCGCUCUUGAUCUAUAUAACAUCAGCUGAGGGGGGAACCAUUGUGCGGGCGACAUCAUUCUGACCAUAAACAAUGUCCAGGUUUUCAUCUCGCUUGUUAGAGAUGAACCAUAGCCGUUAUACGACUGAAGGAGUCUAACAACAACAAUCUAUAUAAUGGCAUAGUGUUCCACCUUACAUAUUUUCAUUAGUUGUCAUUCCUUCUUAACAUUGUAUUAGAUGUAGAAAUGGUCAACCAACUGAUGAAUAAAUCUUGUUGCAAAUGUUUAUAUUAAUUACACUUCCAAGACCUCAUUAAAUUUUUGUUUUAAACUCAGUUUAUUUUUGUAACAUCUUUAUGUUUUUUUUUGUUUUGUUUUUUUUCAAAAUAUUUUGUCUUGCUCUAAAAAUUGUAUUGUUGCGUAUGUAAUGAAAUUAUUAAUGUAAGACCUGACUGUGAUAUGGAUACAUUUGUACAGUUUUGUAUGUCAAUGUAAAUUUGUAAAAAAUAAAAUGUUCUUUAUCUCAGUUUAUUGAAAAUGAAUCUGGAAAUAAAUUAUACAUAAAAAU